UACGAGCAAGGGUGCUGCAUCUUUUUAGGUAGCUACAAGCAUUAUUUCGACAGCCAAAGGUCGCAUGGUGUCAGGGACGCGCCUAGUCACGGGAAUGGUAAUAGACCGCAUGCUCGUACACCCAGAUCGCGCACAGUAAAGGAAAUCAAACAGAGUGCAAUAAUUGAACCUAAUGGUUACAUUGGUUCAGAACAAACAGUUGAUGAUCUACGCACAAUACUUUGCUGCGCUCAAUUUCGCAACGUAUUUUACUUUGUAUCGGAAAAUAUAAGGACAUCACAAACUCUUCUGUAUGAUCGGGGGACAGGAGCGCACAGUAUGGUCCGUGAAACCAGACAUUUAUGGGUGGGAAAUUUACCCGAAAAUGUACGAGAGGAGAAAAUCAUUGAGCACUUCAAGCGAUAUGGACGUGUGGAGAGUGUCAAGGUCCUUCCAAAGCGGGGGUCAGAAGGUGGAGUUGCAGCCUUUGUUGAUUUUGUGGACAUUAAAAGUGCCCAGAAGGCUCAUAAUUCUAUCAACAAGAUGGGGGAUAGAGACUUGCGCACUGAUUACAAUGAGCCAGGCACAAUCCCUAGUGCCGUGAGAGGGCUGGACAAUAGCCUGUCCUUAGGCUCUCGUGGGCGGGAUGUUUCAGGGUUCACAAGGGUGGCAGGGGACCUGGUGUAUGUGCCCCCUGCAUUGCUCCACAGCAGAGAGGGACGCUAUGAACGCAGACUAGACGGGACUGCUGAAAGUCGGGAUCGAGCAUAUGAUAACAAUGCCUACGGACAUCACGAGCGUGCUGGCAGUAGCUUUGACCGGCAGCGUCACUACGACUCAGACUAUUACAGAGAUACCAGGGAGAGAAUGCUUAACACUGGCUCCGGCACUGCCAGUGGAGGUGUUGGGGCUGGCUCUGCAGGGGUCGGUGGAGGAGUUGUAGGUACUUGCGUCAGUGCCUGUGGAACAGGUGGUGGGGCUGGGACUGUGGCUGGAGGAAGUGGAGGAUCUUCAUCGGUUGGUGUGGGAUAUUAUCGUUCACAUAGCCGGAGCCCGAGCCACUUUGAUACACCAGAGCCUCAAUAUGAUACUCGUGCCAGAGAACCCUUUAUACUGGGCAGCAUAGAUCACAGGGAUCUGUACCAAGAAGAGCAGGGACGACAUGGAGAUCGAUCUUACCACGACAGUCGCAGCCUGUCUCCACACUCUUCACAUUCACAUUCACGUAACCUCUCUCCACAAAGGUUCGCGAGUCCAGCAUCCUGGCCUCCGCGCUCCCACAGUGGCACUGGCUCUCGCAGCCGUUCCUCCAGUUCCAACUCUGUCAGCAGCGUCAGCAGCACCAGCAGCAGCACCAGUGGCAGCAGUGAUUCCAGCAGUAGUUCGAGUGAUGACUCCCCAGCACGUUCAGUUCUGUCUGCUGCCGUCCCUGCACCUUCAGCUCUGGCUUUAUCUGCCGUUGACAAGGAUGAGCCUCGAAAAAGUUUUGGUGUCAAGGUUCAGAAUCUUCCUGUGCGUUCUACAGAUACAAGUCUGAAGGAUGGCCUGUUCCAUGAGUUCAAGAAGUAUGGGAAGGUGACUUCUGUGCAAAUCCAUGGAGCUUUAGAGGAGCGCUAUGGACUUGUGUUCUUUCGCCAGCAAGAGGACCAGGAGAAGGCCCUUGGCGCAUCAAAGGGGAAGCUGUUUUUUGGCAUGCAAAUUGAGGUCAUCAUCUGGAAUGGCACUGAGACUGAAAGCGAGAAUGAGUACCGACCUCUGGAUGAGAGGAUAGAUGAAUUUCACCCCAAAGCCACACGAACUCUGUUUAUUGGCAACCUGGAAAAGACCACCAGCUACCAUGACCUUCUCAAUAUCUUUCAGCGUUUUGGGGAGAUAGUGGAUAUUGACAUCAAGAAAGUUAAUGGUGCCCCUCAGUAUGCCUUUCUACAGUACUGUGACAUUGGCAGUGUUUGUAAGGCCAUAACGAAGAUGGAUGGAGAGUACCUUUGCAACAAUAGGCUAAAGCUGGGAUUUGGAAAAAGCAUGCCCACAACUUGUGUUUGGUUGGAUGGUUUAGCCUCCAACAUCACAGAGCAGUAUCUCACUCGUCAUUUCUGUCGUUAUGGACACGUUGUCAAGGUUGUAUUUGACAGACCCAAAGGAAUGGCCCUUAUCCUGUAUAAAAACAUUGAAUAUGCACAGGCCGCUGUCAAAGAGACCAAGGGUUGGAAGAUUGGUGGCAACAAAAUUAAGGUGGACUUUGCCAAUCAGGAAAGUCAGAUGGCUUUCUAUCGCUCAAUGCAGGCAUCUGGGCAGGACAUUCGCGACUUCUAUGAAAUCCUAUCUGAAGGAAGUGAUGAAUGCAGGCCUCAAUAUGAGUUUGCAAUUGAACGGCCAUUCUUUGACAACAAUGUGCGAACACCUGGAGGAGCCUUAAUAGAAGACCCCCGUCGCAAGUUACCUGCCAGGAACCGCGAGUCCUACGCUGAAUGGGACCCAUACCAGGGAGAUUUCUAUGACCCACGUUACUUUGAUGACCCGCGUGAAUACAGAGAUCACAGAGACCCUUAUGAGCAGGACAUCCGCAAAUACAGUUACUUGCAGAGGGAGCGUGAGAGGGAGCGCUUUGAAACAGACCGUGAACGUGACCAUGGGCGGAGGACAAUUGAACACAGCCAGAGCCCUUCUCACCCUAAUUGCCCUGUCAGUCCUACAGUGUCCCCCUCUCUCUCUGAGCGUCUACCAAGUGACUCUGAUCGCCGCAUUUGCUGUAGAUCCUCAGAGCAAAGUGGCAGCUGCAGUUCACUCUCACCUCCAAGAUUUGACAAGCCUGACAAGGAACACCCUGACCGGUAUAAUAAGAGUGAUAAGCCAGAGAAGGAGAGAUCCUUUGAAGUUGAACGUGGUAUUGGCGGUGAAAAGGAAAGGCGGGCCGGGCGCAAGGAGAAGGGUGAAAAGGAGAAAGGUGAGAAGCUGAGGAAAUUUAAGUUGCUAUCGCCCAGUAUUCCAUCGCCUGAGACGGACCCUGAACUUGAAAGAGAAGGUAGUCCAGGCCUUCGAACCAAAGUCAGCAAGUUUCCUCCUAAGGAAAAAGAAGGCUCGGGCAAAGGACAGCUAGACCUACCACCUUGUGUGGUGCAGCUAACACGUGUGAAGGAGAAGGAAGGAAAAUCGCUUGGUCAUGCUGUCCUAGAAAAACAAAAACGUGGGAAUGACAGUAUUCGGCUUGAAUCACCCUCAAGUGACCAGAACAAUCCUCCCUUUCACAUAAAGCCUCAAAAAGGAGAUAUAAUCAAGCAUGGAAAGGUGCCCAAAGACAAAAACAUGGCAAGACUGGUUGAAGUUGUAGAAAAUGAUGUUAAAAUGAAAGCCAAAAUACAUAUGAAAGCUGGCCCUGGGUUUGAUGGUUCUAACUCUUUAGAUGUUGACCGUCUAGCUGCACGAAAGAGGCGUUUUGAAGAAUCCAUGCUGAAGACCGAUCGACUGAAGAGGGCCAGUCAGGAAGAGGAAGAGUGUGGUAGAUUGGGACUCAGGAAGCCAGCUGAGGAGGAGAAUGAGGGUGACAAGAGCCUAUUGCAAAUAGGGAUUCAUAAGAAAGAGCAUUGCAAAGCUAAAUCUGAGAGACUUGUUACUGUUUUCAGUCCUAAAGAUAAACAAGAGUCUGAUAUUGUCUCCAUGGGAAUGGGCCUUGGACUCAGUUUGGAACUUCAGUCACGACUUCGAGAGCCAACAGAAGAUGAAACCGAUCCAUUAGACCCACCCUGUCUGAAAAUUGAGUUUUGGGGAUCAAAAAUCCAGAGGAGUUCAAGUCUCAUGAAAAUCCCUGAUGAUGGGAGUCUUGACCAGGACGCAUUCAAGGUACAGCCGCAAGAAGACAAUGGUGGGCAGGGUGUAGGACUAUACAAAAGCAGAGGGAAGACUGAGGAACGACUUGCGUCUGACAUUGACCACUCUCAGAGCUGCCCAAAACAAAUGGAACAGAGCCAAUGGCUUUGGCAGAAGCUAGAAGAGCCUGACAAAUCAGAUAAAACUGAAAGCCCACAAGGCAGCAACACAGAGGACUUUGAACGUUGCAGUCUGUUGCAUGAGGUAGGAAAAUCACGUCAAGAUGUCACACAUGAUUCUCCAUCUAACAAACGUAAGAAAUCUGAUAGUUUUAACUUUGACUUGCUAAGUGCUAAGAGAGAACGACACCACAGGUCUUCCCAGGAAUUAAAUGAAGACCUUUGCCGGAGUGUCACAGCCUUUUCUGGCUCUGGUCACUUUCCCUCAAAUGAAGUGUAUGCUUCCCAGUUAUCACAAUCAGUUACCAAUAAAGAGACUAAAGACUCUCCUAAAAAAGAGGACAAAGUCUACUCGCAUGUAGAUUCAUUGAAAUACAGCUUGGACGUGACACCCAAUAGUCUCAGUUCCCCGAACAUAGAAUUUCCUAAGUCUAAGACAACAUUGCUUGGGUGUGAUGAGGAGCUACUUCAACGGUGGGAGAGCGGAAUCAAAUCUGACAUCCUCAGAAUGGACAUGACAUUCCCCAGUAGCAUUGUGAAACGUGAAAGCAUUCGCAAACGUCUUGUGCGUGAACUAGAGCCUGGAGAAGUACAGUCAGAUUCAGAUCAUGAUGGGGAGAACAAAAACCACUCCACUAAGCCCAACACUUCACUGUCCUCUAUCCUCAGGGAACGUGAAGAAAGGUUGACAGACCUGAAUUUCUCAGGCUCCCUGGAGAAGAAUAAGUUUUAUUCUUUUGCAUUAGACAAGACUAUAACUCCAGACACAAAAGCACUUCUUGAGCGAGCCAAGUCAUUGUCUUCCUCAAGGGAGGAUAAUUGGUCCUUUCUUGACAGAGACUCUUGCUUUGCAAGUCUUCACAGUAGAUCAGACAAAGAAAAGGCAGAGUCUGCACCACAACCUAUCCCGUCUUGGUACAUGAAGAAGAAGAAGAUUCAUACUGACUCUGAAGGUAAACUGGAUAACAAAAAGGAGGACCCCAAAGCAGACGAUCAGCAACGGCAAGAGCUGUUUGCCUCUCGUUUUCUUCAUAGUUCAAUCUUUGAGCAAGAUUCACGGCGAUUGCAACAUCUUGAGCGCAAAGAUCCAGAUCCUAAGUCUGGAUUUGAUAGACAUCUUUCCAAACAGGAUUCUGUCGAAGGACAACCUGAGCCAGGAGGAGUGGACCUUCAAGAGCCCAUAGUGCUUUUUCAUAGCCGCUUUCUAGAGCUUCAACAACGGAAGGAGACCUCAAGGGACCACUUUCCACCAGAAAUUGAAAACAUUGAUGUGGUUGAUAAGAGUGAAGGAGAAGUUCAGAAUGAACAACAAGAAGGCUUUUCCAAAGUUUCAGAGUUCAUGCAGAAGGCUGAUAUUAAAUCAGUCGGCUCUUCUCUCAUCCUACCAAUUUCAUUGUUUCUUCCUUUACCCAGAGAGAUAUUGCCACAGCAGGAGAAAGAGGCUGUUUUAACUUACUCAUCUGAACAGACUGUCUCACGGAUUAAAGAGGAAAAAGUGGAACAUAAUCGUGAUUUGUCCCCACCCCAAUCUCCUCCACUAGUAGAGAUCCAACCACCAUCCUCGAUUGUAAUCACACCCCUACGGUCUGUCCUUUCAGAGGCUGAGGUUAAAGUUGAACCUAGAGAGGAACUAUGUGAACCCAAAUUUACAACUGAGAGCAAUAUUACAGUGGAUCAUGUGUCUUUCUUUGAUGAUAAGCUUCCCACUCCUGGUGCCUCAUUAAGUUGUUUUGAUGCAGAGGCUGCCGAAUUCCCUUGCUCUGCUUCCCCCAAGAUUGAAGAGAAUAUGAACAUGGUAAAGAAAAAAACAGAUUCUAAGGACUUUGAUACACCUCAGAAAUAUGAAGCUUCCCAUGAGGUUCACGUGUCAGUUUCAGAGGCUGAAAUGAAACCAGCAAAGCCAAUUCGCAAACAACCCAAGAGUAAAAGGGCUAAGCCAAAUGUGUCCGAAACACAAAUCCUGAAGCCCCCCGAAACCGUUGUCUCUGAGAAACCAGUUACCCGAAAGAGUGAGCGAAUUGACAGAGAGAAACUGAAAAGGUCUUCAUCUCCACGAGGAGAAAUAUUAUCAGAGCCUAUAACCAAGUCACCAGUUCAUGUCCUUGACCCUGAGAAUGAAUCAAGCCUAUUCCUCGGAAGGACUAGACGCCGAAAUGUUCGGUCUGUUUAUGCCACACCAUCUGAAGGGGAGGCCCAGCCACCAGGUAAAGAGGUGGUGGAGUAUUCCCGCGCCACACGUAAACGUGGUGUUGACAAAGAACCAGUGCAGCAGCUGCAGCAGGACACAUUGAACACAUCUACUAACACAAGGCGAGGUCGCCCAUCCAAGUCACGCAGGCGAGGGGAAGAUGUGUCACCAGUGAAAGGAGACUCACAGAAAGCAACCGAGGAAGACAUUGAUAUCAAAGAGCCUGUGAACACUGGAGAGGGUUUAAGAAUGUCUGAGGGGUGGCAUUCACCUCGUAUGCAGAAAGUGCAGACCGCUCAAGUCUCUUCACCUACUGGAACCUCUGUUGGCAGGAGAGAAAGUAGAGUAGACAAACAAUCUGAGAGUGCAACAUCAACAGGAGAGAAGUCGGGUGAUAAUACUGAAGUGCCUGAGCCCAAAAUAAAAGUUGAGUCUGAAGAAGCAGGGACAUUAUUAGAGGAAGCAAAGCAAUGCUUGCCAACACAUAAAGACAAAGAUCUAACUGAUCAAAUUGCUAAAAAGUUAUCUGAAAGGGACAUUGAGAGGAUAGAAUCUACCCAUGUAGAGAAAAGACAACAAUCUGAAAAGAGUGGGAAAGUAAAAGCACCAAGGUUGACACAAAAUGCCAAAUUGGUGACAGAGGAUAAAUCGCAUUGCUUGAGAAACUUUGAGAUUCGCGUAAGCGUAGAUGAUGUGAAAGGGUUGCUUUGCUCUGGGGAGGAUGAGUCUGAAUCUUUUGAGACCACUGUUAAAAAGGCCAAACCAGGAACACCAGAUAAAGAAGAAACAAGGACUCAGUAUCUGAAAGAAGCAGUAGAACUCAGCCCAGAGGAAAAGGAAGUUCUAUUAGACCCUGAACCACCGGUGGACCCAGCAGCCGCUCUUUUGGCACGUCAGAUGGAACUGGAACGGGCAGUGGAGAAUAUUGCCAAACUUACAGUUGAGAAACCUAUUCAACCCUAUAAGGAACCACCUGCAGAGCCAUGUACCCUACUGCCCCCUGUCACUGUAGAAAUGGAGGGGGAGAAGUCUGCUAAUCCUGCCAGUGAAACCGAACUGGCUGCUGCCAUUGAUUCCAUUACUGCUGAAGACAUACCUACUGAUACAGAUGGGUUCACAGCUCCUCCCACUUACACUGCACUUGUUCCUACCCCAGAGCCCCUGGUCUCCCCCUCUGCCGAUUAUGUUUUGGAACCAGAAAAACAUGUUGUUGACCCAGACCCAGAGAUGGGAGUUCUGAUUCCCAGUGUCAAGCCCUUGAUGCCAGAUGCUAAAGCCUCUGAAUCAUCUGUUUCUGGGGCCUCUGCCCAAGAUGAUUCCCCUUCACCAGAAACACCCAAGAAAACAGGGAAAGCAGUCAGAGCUAAGAUUCCAAAGAGGUAGGGACGAAAGGCUUGUAUCAACAGGAAGGGAGAGACUGCUGAAGAUGUACCAGAAGCUGAGACCUCCCCUAUCAAGCCAACAGAGUCCAUUCUUGAAGAUAUGGAAAUAAUCAACUCUAAGGCAGCUACUGCUACAGCAACAGUGGAUGUCACAUGCACCAUGACUGUGGACACCCCUAAGGAGGCAGAACAACCUGCUGUGGAACAACCCGUACCUGAAGAAUCUGCCUUUCACGCUAGCACCAAGAGUCCUCCUCAUUUCAAAACGUUUCAACUAUCAGCAGUAGCCCCUGCUCUUUCUUCAUCCCUUGCGCUCAAACCAUAUCCAACCCAUUUGAAUGUCCCUCCACCCCGCCCCGGCAUGAUGCCUGUUUCACCAGACUGGCUUCCCAGAUCUGAAGAAAGUAGAAUUCAUGCUACUCCUGCAAUUCAAGUUAAUGUAGUCACUCCCUCUGCACAAGCAGUAACUGCACUUGGGAACCAGUCAGCAAAUCCACCCAUGCCUCCUGAUACUAAGGCAUCGGAUAUUGACCCUAGCUCCAGCACUCUAAGAAAGAUCCUCAUGGAGCCGAAAUAUGUAUCAGCAUCAAACAGCAAUGCCAUCCCUACUACAGUCUUAACGACAACGCUGACAGACAUUCGCAUGUCAGAGAAUGAGAACUCGUCUGACACAAUGACCACUUGGAACAAGCAUCUUAAAGACAGAACCUCGCCUUUGAUACCACAUCCCACUUUUCAAAAACCUUCCCCGCUCACAGAGACCCAGCAGAACUUUGGAGAGAAGAUAGUCCAUUCAGUAAUUUCUUCGCCUACUACCUCUGUCAUCAGCCGGAUUCCAAUGCCCUAUGAUACUGAGGAAGCACCUCGAAUCUCCCUAAGUAACCGUAAUGCUGGCCUAUCUUUACCCAAACAGAAAUUCGGAUCAAGUAUGAACGAGAACAAUCGUUACCAUGGAGUGGAUGCGGCAGUGGAUUUGAACAGCAGAGGAUGGUCUGUAGUUGAGAGCACACCCUACAACACAGACUCCAGUCCUGGCCUCAGGGUGAAUACAUCACAGGGUGUGGUAGUACUAAGUUACUCAGGGCAAAAAACAGAGGGACCUCAACGGAUCAGCGCCAAAAUUAGCCAGAUCCCACCAGCCAGUGCAGUUGACAUAGAGUUCCAGCAGUCUGUCUCUAAAUCUCAGAUUAAGCAAGAACCGCUUACCCCAUCCCAGCCUUCCACCCCCAAGGGACCCCUGACACCCACAGGGUACGGACACCCUGGGGUACUCUUAACUGGCCAGUCAUACAAUUUUCAGCCUGUCAUCUCCACUAUUAAGCAGGAGAGUCCUGGUUCUGACAAGUCAGAGUCGUCAUAUCACACUGGACUUCAGGGUAGCACAGUAAUGAUGAUUCAACCAAAGAUGAUUCAACAACCGGUCACAAGUCCUCAAGUAUUGAUGUACAAGAAAGGGCUUGGAGUAGAAUCUAUACCAAUGCUGGCGGAUAUGGCAAAGGCACACCAGACAUCCAACCUCAGUCCAAUCAUGAAUCCACAUCACCCAUCUUUGACUGGAAACCGUAUGAGUCCUAGUCCCAGUACCCCAACUGAUCAGUCAGUCCCACACCUCAAGCAAGAGCCCUAUUCCCCUCGAACAACAGGCCACUCACCUUUUGCCAAAGUUUGCCCUCCCAGCAACUCAAUGUCCCCCCAUGGCAGCUCUAUGGUUUUGCAUCCUGGUAUGCCUGAGAUGUCUCUGUACAUCUCCAGUAUGCACCACCCCCACCCAGAGCAGUCUGUUAUCAUGACCCCAGUGUCGCAUAGCGUCACCCAGUCAGUGUCUAUGGGUCGCCUCUCUCACGGCGAGGUCAGGAUCAACACCCCACACCUUUCUGGAAUGAAUUACGGAAGACGGGUGGAUUUCCUACCAUCUUCCCACACCGGGCCCCCUCAGCGCUCCAACAUGCCAGCCGUGAUCAGAGACAUGGUGGUGCAGUCCCACGUGGGCCCCACUCGGGGAGCCUCAGACUGCAGCGUCGGGGAGGACAUAAGGCACUACCACCAGGGGCUGUGCAGAUCCUCCACACCCCAGCUCCAGUCAGAUGUGAUGAUGAUGCAGGCAGAGAAACGGAGAGGGCUGCAUCACGCAGGUCUACGUCUGGACCAGUCCAGCAUGGCCUCCCGAGACAUCAGAGACAUACGGGACAUGCGCAUCCUGAUGCACCAUCAGCUAGGAGAGCACACCAUCGCAGAGGGACGUCAGUCACGAACUCCUGAGGCAGGAGCAACCUCAAUUACCAACAUCUCUGCUGCUUCCAAUAGUCCCUUGGUUGGAAAAGGCAUGACACAGAUGGGGAAGGAGACUCCCAAACCAUUGGAAGCAAAUAUGUCUCACCCACCUCAUACCGAGAGCAGCAGGAUCAUGGGCGUCCAUUCAUCCGUCCCUGUUAUGGUAUCUCCUCAUCAUCAUCCUCAAGGGGUUCAGCUGAUUCAUCCAGGCGGCGCUGGCUCCUUUCCAGUGUACAGGGAUAUGCGGGGCUUCCACUCCCAGUUUUCCAGUCACUCUUCGAUGGGAUUUAACCUGGCUUCCCGCGGCAUCACACCUUCCCAGGAUGCUGAUCUCAGCCACAGGGGAAUGCUGUCUCAGUCACUAUCUGCUGGGUCACUUGGUGGAGGAUGUGAAACCAAAUCGGACAACUCCCACCUCCAUCACACAACCUCCAUGGACCUAUCCCACAUGCCCCGGAUACAGAGGGACACCAUUUCACCCUCUUAUACAUCUCCCAUGGCUCUCUCCCACAAGCAAGAGCUAGUUCUGCAGAAGGGCCCACCAGUCUUCAUGUCGAGCCCUCCAGCAGCACCCCUCUUAAGUUCCUCGGAGUUGCGCCCUGAGGGUAAACUGGGGCACUCAGGAUACCGGUCCGUCGAUAUGGUGCAGCUUUUAACGACAUACCCCAUAGUGUGGCAAGGCCUGCUGGCACUGAAGAGUGACUCAGUUGCCGUGCAGCUCCACUUUGUCUCUGGCAACAAUGUGCUGGCUCACCACUCACUGCCGCCCCUGGAGGGAGGUGCCCCACUCCGCAUUGCACAGAGGAUGAGACUGGAAGCGUCCCAGCUGGAGGGCGUGGCUCGCAGGAUGAUGGUGGAGAAUGACUACUGCCUCUUGCUAGCUCUGCCAUGUGGACGAGAUCAGGAGGACGUUCACAGCCAGACCCUUCUCUUGAAAGGAGGCUUCAUCACCUACCUACAGAAAAAACAGGCAGCUGGGAUCAUCAACGUCCCCAACCCCGGCUCUAAUCAGCCGGCAUAUGUGGUGCAGAUUUUCCCACCGUGUGAGUUCUCAGAGAGCCACCUGUGCCGGCUUGCCCCCGACCUUCUCAACAGUAUCUCCAGCAUCUCCCCUCACCUCAUGAUUGUCAUUGCCUCCGUGUAAUACCUCUCCAUAAAAAAACUAUAUUUUCUUGAACCCACCAGAACCAAGCCAACACCAGCCUUUUAGGACUUUCAUCCAGUUUAGAAAACUGGAAAUGCCUCAGUUUGGAUGGGUUUAACCAUUUUUUGUUUUAAAAAAAUAUUUUUUCUCUUCACCGAGUCCUUAAAUCAUCCUACCACCUCUGAUUCCACAAAUCUCUGCCUUUACUGAGAGCAUACGGAAGGGUGGAUUAGGAGUUUUGAUGAUCAAUUCUAUGAUCAUCCAUUUCGCUUUUGCCAUUGUUGAAGUUUAACUGGAUUGCGUCUUGAUUUUCUAAGUAUUGAAAGGGACAAGGGAACUAAAUUAGAAGGAUAGCUAAGGGAUGUUUUUACUCUUAUCUAAAUAAUGUUUUGAUUUUAUUUUUUUUGCGUAAUGACUGGUCGGAAUUGUUUUCUAUGUUGAGAAAACAAAAUCAAUAGGUAAAUCAAAAACAUGAUAUUUUUACAGAUUGAGAAAAAGAGAACACAUAUAAGACAUGCUCCAGUGACCAAUCUUUUGUACUGCUUUUAUUAUUCUACCAUCUGACAAUUUAAUUUCCUUCUACUUCAUUUCCAGUCAGCUUUCCUCAAUGUUCCCCAGGAAGCUAUAUGGGAACUUUGAGUUGUACAUGCCUCAACACAGGACUAAAUAUAUAUUUAAAGAAUAUAGAAUUUUUAUUUGCCUCCUUUUCAAGUCUAAUGUUUAAAGAUUAAAAAGAUUUAGGGAGACCAAGUGGAUUACAUGACAGAUUAUCACUUUUAAAAUUUUAGGGAGGGGGGUGGCAACUGACAAGGAUCCCAACAAAACUCAGUUCAGUGACAUUUAUGAACCCUUGUUUUUAGAAUUGAUUAUGUGCCAAAAUGUAUUUUUCAAAGGAAAAAUCACCACAAUGUAUCUAAAUAAUCUGAACCUAUUUUCAUACUUGAAUUUGUAUUCGUCACUCAGAUCUACUGUAAUAGCCUCUGUUUUUGAUUAUAUUUUCUUCAUCAGCCCAACCUGUUACAGCCUACUGCUACUCCAUUGUGAAAUCAUGUCCUCAUUUCCAUUGAGUACCAUUAACAGUUCUAUUUGAUGUUGAAUUGUGGAUACAGUUUAGAAAACUAGUAAGCAUAGUCCUUCUCUCUCCUCGUGUCCUCCACUGCCCCAUACUGCUCCCCUGAAAAUACUCCUGGAUACCAAUAUGUGUUCCCAAAGUCAAAAAGCAAAUUACUAAAUGACAGCUGUAGCAUGCUUAACUUGAAGAAGUAAAGGGGAAACCAAUCCAUGAGGCAACAAAUGUGACUUAAACUUUAAACAAUGCCAGGAAUGGAUGUGUAAACUGUCCAUCUCUCUUUCCUUUCUCUGAACUAGUGUCUCCCUGAGCCAAUGCUGUAAAUACUCAUGUUCCCAAUCUGUGCUCUUGUGUACUUUCCCGUAUUACUGUCUCCAUUCAGGGUCCUCAUAUUUUGAUUUGUGUGACAAAACAAGGCAGUCUGAAAGAGACGCAGCUAGUUGUAAACCGAUGCAGAAAGUAAACCAUGAUUCUCAGUUUUUGUGCUGUAAAUAUUUAAAUUACUGCAGGCUGAAUACUCUCAUGGUAAUGUUGAAGGCACUUAAUUUUGAUAUACAAAUGACAACUAAAUACAACAAAAAAAUCUUAGACUGUCUUUUGAUCAAAUCUUAUUUCAUAAUUUGUGUAUUUUGCUGUUCCUCUAUGAGGACAUUUUAAACUGUAAAAUGGUUGUUUAACAUACUUACAGAUCAUUAAAUGGUCUGUCACUCUC